AGAGAGAGACGUGCCACAAAUGCAUACUAUUGCACAUAAAGACAAACAUAACUGGCCCAUGGUCAGUCACCAGUCUGCCUCAGAUACUGGAAAAUGUUCCCCCUAAGACCUCAUCACCUCGUGGCUCUCCUCUGGGUGCUGUUUCUCUUCCACAGUGGGAGUUAUAACUUCGCCAAAUCGCAAACUCACACGGAAGAAUUCAUUCCUUCGAAGUUCGCCGAAGAAAUUAUGUAUCCAAGAAAGUCCUACAAGAAGUUCGUGAAGUAUGAUGUUCCUGCCACUUUUGAAGAGGCUAAAAAUGCCUGUAAAAAUAUGAAAGGCUUUCUUGCUCUUCCUCUUGGCAGACAGGAUGAGAGAGACAUGCACAAGGUUAUUGGUGUUGGGUUCUCCAAGUGUCCUCUUUCAAUGUCUCCAACAUACUGGCUCUGUGCAAUUGACAUAACUGAGGAAGGAAACUGGGUCAAUUGCAAGACAGGUAAACGCUUGAAAUAUUUCAACUUUCAUAAGGGGCAACCUGAUAACUAUGGCGGCUCUGAAGACUGCCUUGUUACAGGUCCUUAUCUUCGAUGGUGGAAUGAUGUAAACUGUAACUUUACUGCAAAUGGUUACAUCUGUGAAUUUGAGGAUUCUUAGAUAAUAUUGUUCACUGAAGAAACCAAACAUGUGCACGGUAACAAUACAGGAAAUGGACCUGUCAAACCAGAGCUCAUUGAGUGCUUGAGGAGCUAUUUCCUGAUCACAUGUGGUAGCUGCCUUGACUGUAUCACUGCAAUCUCUUCAUUGAAUUUACAGAUAGUAUUUUCUAUUACUUUUACUUAUUGAGUCAGACAAUCUGACCAGGCAGUAUAAUAAAAGUACUAAAACUA